AACAUCACAUGGUUGCAGAAUGACUUGUUGAGCAGUUGUCUGUGAGGCAGGACUUCCUCAAUGCAGAAAACGGUCAUUGCUUUGAUAUAAAGUUUAGAGAGAGGCUACUGCGCUAACAAGUCAAGAAAGAACCCCUUCCUAAUUUGGAGCGCCUUCACAACUUACCUCCAAUAUCAUCUUUCUGGUGCUGCUUUUUACCUCCACAAUCAUGGUGACUGUGAAGGCCCCAGGGGGUUGGAUAGAGAGGCAGUGAAGAGGAUUUUUUUUCUAUGACUGCCACUGAGCUGCUUGCUACUGACCGCACACUGUUACUAAAGAGUGCCAGGCAUGGAGGAGGAAGAUGUCAGGGUGAACGGCUGUGGACGGAGAGGAUCGGAGUGGGGUCACAUCGCCCUGCUGGAUAGGACCAAGGAGUUCUUUCGGACCUGCGAUGUGGAGGGGAAAGGCUUCAUCAACCGCACUGAUAUGAGGAGGCUCCAUAGAGAGCUGCCUCUGUCUGCUGAGGAGCUUGAGGACGUGUUUGACUCCCUGGAUACAGACCGUGCUGGUUACCUCACGCUGGAGGCAUUUUCCUCCAGAUUCAGUCAGUUCCUGCAUGGUCGGAGAAUCUCUGUCACUGAUGACCAAAGUCAGGCCCCAGGACCAGCUUUUAAGGCUAAGGAAGCUCUUUAUCAGAGUCACAGGGAAGCCAAGCUGUCAGGAGAAGAGGAUGAAGAGGAGAGGCACUUCUGUAUGCUUCUGGAAAGUCUUGGAGCCAGUAAUGUGUUUGAGGAUCCAUGUGAGGUGUGCAGCCUUUGGGCCCAGCUCAGGCGAGACGAGCCUCACCUUCUGUCCAACUUUGAGGAAUUUCUGGCCAGAGUAACAUACCAAAUCAAAGAGGCCCACCAGGAAAAGAAGGAGAUGGAAAGCGCCCUGCAGAGGAAGGCAGCGACGCAUGACAGCGAGAUCCGCCACUUGUACGAAGAGAUGGAGGCGCAGAUCAAAAAUGAAAAAGACAGACUUCUGCUACAGGACUCUGAGCGCCUUCAGAUGCACAGCCAGGAACUGGAGCACCAGCUGUUUUCCAAGGAGAGAGAGCUGGAACAGCUCUUCCAGAAACAGAAACGAUUAGAGCUCCACUGCUGUGAGCUGAGCAGUGAGAGGCAGGAGAGCCACGUUGAGAAUGUCAGGCUGAAAAUGACCAACGAGGAGCUGUCCAGAGCGCUGGAAAGCACCAGCCAGGAGCUCUCUCUGGCCCAGGAGCAGCUGGCUACGCUGCAGAAGCAGGCCGCCAGGCUGCAGCUGGAGAAAGAGAUGGAAAUGUACAGAGUAACGGAAGGCCUCCAGAGGGAGAAACAAUGUCUCAUAGAGCAGCUUGACCUCCUCAGAGAGAUGAACAAACACUUAAAGGAUGAGCGAGACAUAUGCUGCGGUGUACCGCGGACUUCACUCAGAAAGAAGCAGAAGCAGAGGGCGGACCUUGCUGACUUCUUGGACCACACAAGUCAACAGGCAGAAAUAGACACUCUGCCGGGGGAAGUGUCCUUCCAGUCUCUGGAGGCCAUAGAACACCUUAAAAUCGUGUUUGUUGCUUCCUCCUCCUGUAGUGAAGAUGACGCCCCCACAGCUUCUACCACUGCAACUGCCAGCACCACUGCGUGUCAGCAGCCACCUGCAGUGAAGAAAAUCUCAACCUUAGCCAAUGGUGGUGUCAGCCCAGCUCAACCCAAAGUACAAGAUGUGAAGCCAAAGCCCAGAAGAGUCUCUGCAAUAAACACUGCUACCAAGAAGGUGACGGUGAAAACCAGAGAGACAUCAAAGAGAGGGGAGUCUGAGAGGAAGACAAAGGUAGAGGAGGAGGUGCUUGAUGCACCACCAGAUGGCUGGCCCCUUCGCAGGGUCAUCUCGAUUGAGGAAGACCACCUGCCACACCUCCUUCAAGGUGAACCCCAAUCAUUACUACACCAGCUCGGUGAGGAAGUACAUAAGGAUGAAGAGGAAGCGCAAAGUGACACUGAAUCGAGUGCCACCAGGGUUACAGAUCUCAUUGUCACUCCCCUCUCAAGACACGUCACUGUUGCUCCUGAAGCUCCUACAAAAAAAUCCCGUUUUACACGAGUAAAGAAAUCUCCACGAUGCCAACCUGUUGGGAAGGAGACCCAAUCAAAAACAAAGGAAAGAGCAGUACUUGCCCCAGACCGUCUGUUCAAGGUCGUCUUGGUUGGAAACUCCAGUGUUGGCAAGACGUCCUUGCUGCGCUCCUUUUGUGAGGGCCGUUUCCACCCAUCCACAACUGCUACUGUGGGUAUUGACUACAGUGUGAAGAUAUUAACACUGGACAAUAUGCAAAUAGCAAUGCAGCUGUGGGACACUGCAGGUCAGGAAAGGUACCGCAGCAUAACCAAGCAGUUCUUUCGCAAGGCUGAUGGUGUGGUGUUGAUGUACGAUGUGACAGUGGAGGAGAGCUUCAAAGCUGUCAAACCCUGGCUCCUUAAUGUCCAGGAAGUAGCGGAUGAGAGGAUACCCAUUCUCCUGCUGGGCAACAAAAUGGACAUGACUAGAGAGAGGGAGGUGUCUUAUAAAGAUGCAAAGCAACUAGCUUUUGAAAACAAGGUGAUUUUCUUUGAGGUUAGUGCCUACACUGGGAGAAAUGUGACAGAGUCCCUUACUCACCUGGCCAGAAUUUUAAUGGAGCAGGAGGACACGGUAAGAGACACAACAGCCAGCCUCAGUGCUCAGCCCACUAAGAAGAAAGCCUGCUGCAAGUGAAGACACCCAGCCUUACAAAAACAAGGAAAGAUUGAAUUUCUGACAACUGCAAUUUGCAGAGUCCUACGUCAGUUUCUGACAGUUGCACAAAAGCAAAAAAAAACCCAUUAAUUAGAUGUUGAACUGGUGCAGAAACCUCACUUUAAAAGGGUUUCUUUCAAAAAGCUAUUUUUAUUUCAGUAAAACAUGUACAUAAAGCUUUUGCUAAUCAAAUAGUGCUAUGUAUAAGAUCUAGGAAUUAUUUAAUAUGAAUAGCUUAGUAAAACUAUAAAAACAUAUCACGCAGAAGACAUUAUACUUAUGUUAUAGCUUCUUCAUAAAUAUUACAUUUCAAAUCCUAUUAUUUCUUAGUUUGUGUUCAGUAAUAUGUGUAUGUUCUGCAGAAAAAAUAUGGCAAGAAAACAAUAAGAGAAACCAGACAUAAUUAUUUCACAUUUUAUUCAUCGUUACUUCCAAAUUUAUGUCUUUUUCAAUUUUCAUUGUUCAGCUCAUCUUCAUAUUGCAUCAGUGUUUGUUUCUUGUCUUAGAAAUUGUCCUGCUUUAUUCUGAGGCCACAGCACAUCUUGUUCUAAAUUAGGGCCAAUAAAAAACAUAUGUGAAGCAACA